AUGGCCGCGACUGCAGCUACCUCCCAAGUCCGCCAGACCCUCAACCCCCUCCGCGUCCGCGGGCACAUCCGGGCACGCGAGAGCAUGCACACCGCCCACUCACCCACCUCAUCCCCCUCGCUCCCACAACAAUCAUCAUCCUCCUCACCUACCGAGUUCUGCACCUCCUACUUCUUCAGCGGGCCGUCAAGGCCCUUCGACGUGUCAGACUCACCCGCGGCGCCAACCCUGAGCGGGGACCCCCCGCGGCACGUGUCGACGACGAACUCGAGCCCGUCGGUGCAGGCAAAGUCGGGGCCUGCUCCGAUAUUGUUCGACGGACCGUCGCGGCCACGGCAUAUAAUCCCCAUUGCACAGCAGUAUCUUGAUGAUAUCAAAACUGCUGGGAGGGGCCCAUUUUAG